UCAGGGUAGUACAAGCCACUUUUAACAAGCGUUACAAGUGCAGGGUUAGAUUGCUGUUGUGAUUGCUGGAACCCUCCUCCUUUCGUGCUGCACUGAAUCAGUCUGCUGGCUAGAAUAACAACACAGGCAUAGUUCAAUUACCAAGCAGAAGCCGUUAGCUGAAGCUGUCUGGGGUUACGAGAGUGUACUAUAAGAGACAGUUCAUUUAAUCCUGUCGGGUUGUUUUUGAAUGUACACUGUAAAUCAGAUCAUCCUUAAAGUAUUUACAGAUACUCUUGGUUACAAUCAAGCACCUGGCCCAGCAGGUGUUCCCUGCUUGUACCUGAAAAAUUGAUGGCCUCCAAUAAGCAUUACUGAGGUAAAUGGCCAGAUAUAGAAGUGAUGUUCUAUGCAGCACAAGCCCAAAAGCAAUUUAAAAGCCCGUUGUACCGCAGUUGUAUCAGGAAAGUCGUACUUACUUCGCAGAUAUAAAAGUGUGAAAUGGGAUCUGGACAACCAAAUCUGCAAAUGGUUACAAAUUAAGUAGCUCUACCUCUGAAUCAUACCAUUUCUUUCAGAAUUCAGGACACUUAAUGAUCUUGCUUAUAUACCACUACCUUUGCCAGCAAACAAAGAAAUGAAGACUGUCAUAUCACUUUUGGAAUUUGAAUUGUUUAACUAGAAACGAGGACAACAUGUUCAGUGUCGAAGACCUUCUGGUUUCUCAUGGAUAUAAGGUCUCAUCUGAACCCUCUUCCUCCUUUGAGAACAGAUAUACUGGAUAUCAGCAUGAAAUGGUAAAACAAAGACCCUGUAAUGGGACACUAAAUGGAUAUGAGGCAGAUCAUGAGGCUGAGCGUGCCAUUUACUCAUACAGCAAGAAGAUAGCAGCCAAAAAGCAUUCCAGUGGUAAUCAAAACAGUCACGGAAGCCAGGGCAACAGUAGCUAUCCUGGGGAUCAACAGGAUGCGACUUCUUUUCAGAUUACUGAAGCAGGGUUUCGUGUAGAAAAAACUCCUGAAUACUCUACUCAGCCUACAGAUGAUAAAGAUACAGCAUACUGGAGAAGACAGGAACGAGACUUUAAUAUAUUGUUGGAUUAUACAGAUCAAAAGGAUUUACAAAAAGGAAAUGCCAACUCUGCAAAUCCAGGCCACUUAUCAAAAGGCCAGGAAAUUUGCAAAGAUGGAAAAGAAAGACACAGGCUGGUGAAAGUAGCUGAAGUGAGAGGUGAAGGAGUAAAGGAAAAACAUGCUUCAGAAAUAAUCAGUAAUAAUGCAGUGGAUCAAGAGUGGCAACAUAGGCCUACUAAAGACUUUGGCCAGUUUAUGAUGUCACAGAAACAUGCAUUAGGAGAUCAAAUGGACAAACUACAGCAACAUUCGUAUUGCCUUACUGAUGCUAAUUCUAUGCUUUACCCCCAGAACCAAUGUCAUUCUUUGCCAAAGUACUUACCUUCAGAAAGUACAAUGUCAGAGAUGCCAUUACUUUUAACCCAUGACAAGCACUUCUUCAAUACAAAAAGUGUAUUUGGAACUCAUGAAUCUGAUUCUCAAGACAAGGAUACAAAACAGAUGGAACCAAAUCUACCCAAAGUGGGUACACACAUUUCACAGUCAACAAAACCAAAGUAUGGCAAACCUUUGAUGCCCACUUCAUGUGAAAUCUACCAACAAGUAAGUGGGAAUACAGACAGGACUGCUGACUCACAGGAUUAUAGUUUUGUGCCAACAUAUUUUAUCAAGCCUGAAGGUAUAAGGCAAAAUUAUGAGGACUAUACAAACUCGGGUGUGGAGCCUCCACUUUAUGUACCUCCACCUUCUUAUAAGUCUCCAUUGCAGCAAAAUAUUCCAAAUGAAUAUCUACAAGAUGGACAAGAAUAUGAUGCAUUUAGAUGUAAUAUUCCACAAAUGACUGACAAGUAUGCUUCCCAGCAGUUGUUGAUGAAUCAUUAUAGCCUGGAAGACAGUGAUCUAGGUAAGGAAUUUUCUGUUAGAACACCAUAUUACUUAGACUUUACUGAAAGUAAUACUGAUUCAGUUCAAUAUAUUCCAUUUGAUGAUCCGCGAAUAAGACACAUACCAACCAUAAGUGAACAAUCAGAUUGUAAAGGUAUCAACAGGAGAAGGGAUCCCAGUCAGUUAAGCAAAACUUCUAGUACAGAAAAAGUGUACCAUCAAUCAAAACAUGAAAGGCUUUUUUCUUUACAUUCUGAACCAUCCUUUGCUGUUGAUGGUGGCAUAAAAUAUACAGCAAGUCCUAUGCAAAGCAGAAAGUCCACUGAAUCAAAGCAAGAAAAUGGAGUACCAGAUCAAGCUAAACGACACCCAACCCCUCAGUAUAGUGACCACAACACACAUCUUACAAACAAAGUAGAUACUGGGGAAAGCCUGGCUGGUCCUAUAACUGACAGUGGGCAUGGAGAUCAAAGCAUGUACGAUUCAAUUACUAAAGUAAAAAAGUUUGAAACAUGUGUUAGUAGUCAAGAACUAAAGAAUUCAAAAAAGAAAAAGAGUGAAACUGUAUUUUGCUUGGUUUCCGUUCCACUAAAACCCCAGUCAGCUUUGUUGGAGGCAGGCAAUAAUUCAGUGCCUUACAGAAUUUCUUCAGACAAUAAUGUAAGAGAUUUGAAAGAUCAAAGCCUACUCAGUGCUUCAUCUACUGACUUGGAGUUACAAGAACUUACUGCUAGUAUGACAAACCUAAAUGAACAGAGGAAAGAAGCAGAAAGUAACCAAAAACCGAAAAAACAAAUUGAUGGCCUUUGUAUCAGUCCAUCUGCUAAACAUCGAGAACUUAAACAUUCUGGUUCUUGGCCUGGUGAGCAACAAAAAGGCCAAGAAAAAGGACAUAUCUUCAUGGAAGAUAAUGCACAUGUUCAGCCAUUCCUUCACCAUAAACGCACAUCCAUGUCAAACAAAGAAUUUCCAAAGUGGACAUUAUUAGACUCUAAAUGCCAUGUGGAGGCAAAAGGAGCAUCCUUCCAUGGUAAGAAACCGGAUAAAGCUGAACAUGCCAUGAAAGGACAGAUGAAGCUCAAGCCAUCGAGCAAUAGUGCAUUUUCAAGAACAGCAGCUGCAGAAAACCCAGUUCAUAAAACAAAAGCCUGUCAGAGUCUUUCUGAUGGUGCCUUAAGAGGUACUAACAACACAAAGAAGCACUCUGUACAAGUGAAAAAAGAAAGUGAAUCCUCUAAUAAUAAAGAAGCAUUUGGACAGUUUCUAUUAAAACCUGUGAGUCGUCGCCCAUGGGAUGCAAUAAGUGAACUGGAAAGUUUUAAUAAGGAGCUUCAAGACAAAGAAGAAAAUAACUGUAAUGGACAUAAUACAAAGAAUGAGAUGGAACCCAUCAAGCAUCCUCAUUUAGAAAAACAAUGUAGUGCAAAUGAAGCAAUGAGGAAAGACAUAUGCAGUGUUAAAAAGACUAGCAUAAGGCCAGUGAGAGUCUCCAAAGCCUGGCCCCCAGAUCCUAGCAAAGUUAAACAAAAAAGCUGGAGUUUUGACAUGGUAGAACAUGACAGUGACCAGGCAAAUGUUACUGGUUUACCACAAAUGUCUUUGAAGCCCAAAAAUAUCUUAAACAGAGCAAUUACAAACACAGAAAAUAGUUUGAAUAAGGAUGAAAUAAGUUCAAGAAAAGCACAGCAUGAAAUGAAAACAUGCAGUCAACAAACAGAACUUGCAAAUCCUUGCAGUGAAAAGAACCGAAGUAGUAAUACUGGUCCUCGCCAAAGUAAAAUAUCCGUAUUUACAAAAAGUAAGUAUGACCCAGACAACAGAGAUGAAAACAGAAAAAAACGAAAUAAUAUUUCAGUAGAUGUAUUUAAGAAAGAUGCUCUUGUCACACACUUGGAUGUGGAAGGUGAAAGUAGCAUUUGUAAAAUGAAGCUACCAUUACAUGAUGAUGUUCAGUAUGCAUUAGAACAAGAAGCAAAAUGGGACUCGGGGAAAGAAAUCAAAUCUUGUACUAAUAAAGAGACACCUGGUGACAAAUUUGAAAUGAUCAGCAUAACAGACUGUCCCCAAACUGAAUCUAUGGAGACAAGAGCUGCAAGAAUUUUAGGAAUAGAUAUAGCAGAUGAACCAAUCCACUCCAUUAAAGACUGUACACAUCCCAUUCUCAGCCAUAUAACAAAACAUGACAAUUGUUCUCUGUACCCAGAGACGAUAAUGGUAAAUAUCUCAGACUUAAUGGAUGACAGACAAAGUAAUUCUAAAGGAAACACUUCUACUGUAGAAAUGGACAAUGAGUGGAAAAAUAAGUUAGCAAGAGUAAAAGCAUUAAUUGAAAAUGUCCAAUAUAAUAAAACUACUAUGAAUGAAGACAGCAGUAAUCACAGAUUAGAAGAAAAACAUAAAGAAAUUAAGGCAGCAAAUGAAACAGCUCUACAUAAACCUCAGGGCUCUGUAUUUAUAAAUAGUGAAGAAGAUAAACAAACUGCUGCAGCAAGUCUAGAAAAGAAAGGCAAAAGUACAUCUAAAAUGAUAGAAACCUUGCAGGGUAAACUCGCUUCUACUCCAACUCGAACUGUCAUGGAUCGAUUAGUCAGAAUGAAAGAAGUAGAUUCUGUUUCUCGCAUGAGACGUCUCAGUUUCAAAAGUAUUGGUUCUGAAGAUGAAAUUGAUGAAAAAACAAACAUUUCACAGCAGGAAUGGGAUAACAGCCACUGUUGGAUGGAAUUAGACAAUAAAGUAACAGAAGUUGGUACCUUUCCAAAAAGAGAUACUAUAUUAAACAAUGGUAUGAACUUUAGGUCAAAGAGCGGCAUAAAUGAAGAAUACAGAGAAGUUUGCUUAUUUGACGAGUAUGAUCCCAGCAGAGUUGAAACCGUAUGAGGUGAGCAUAAGUGAAAAAGAGAUUUCACUAAAGUGGAUAACAACUUUACAAGUGUUGUGCAAAGCAUUGUUUCACAGACUGCUUUUAUCUAGUUAUAAGCAGCACUGAACACUGGCCAUGUGUUAUUCUUGUUUAUGUUUUCAUGGAGUAUGAGAACGUGCUUCGCACUGCCAGCAGGAAGUUAGUCACUCGCUCCGAUCUGUGCUUUAAUGAUAACAGAAAUGGUUCCGCUUGCUUUGUAGUGAUCCAUUGUUAACACUGUAUUCUGUGCCAGUUCUUGGAAAUGAUGAUUCUUAAUGACAAAGGAUUAACUGUUUUCAGCUGCAGAAGAAGGCUUCAUGGAGUACAACUGUAAAACUAACAUUGCUCCGCCUGGUUCAGACAGCUAAGGGUUCUCCUCAUUUAUUCAGAGCACAAAACUAUUCUGUAUAAAACACCCAGUAGGUUUAUUCCAAAGCCUACACAUAAAGCUAUAUAUUGCCAAUAUGUCUGUUUCUAAAUGACGACAAUGAACUCAGCAACUCAAAAUUGCCAGUCUUUGAAGGUGUUAGAAAUUUCUAGAACUGUUCCAGGGUGUCAGAUAGAUGGCGAUUAAUCACCUUUGCUUUUGAGAAGGGGAUGAAUCUUACAAAUUCAGAGCAUAACUAGUAUCUAGUGCAAUAAAGGCAAUAGUACUGACUUACUGCACAAGGUCUGAGAAGCAUUUCAGGGACUCUACCUGCCAUAAGCUUUGGAUGUAUUUAGUCCUUACAUGAUGCCUGCUGCAUCAUAUGGAAAUGAUAUAUGGACAGAUCUAAGUCACUGUAGUGUACAUAUGCUGGUUUGUGAGCUCAAUGAUUUCAUCCUGGAGAUACCAGAGAAACAUGCCAUUGUAUUCUAAAACUUUUGGUAUUCUUUUUCUUUUAUGAAAUGCCUGGAUCUAUUUAUGCAAUUUAUGCGACACUCUAUACAGCAAUGUUUGUCUGGCUAAGUUGUUUUCAUGAUGUGAAGUAACCCCCAGAGAACAAACAGACAAUGCUGUCUAAAUUGUAUACUGUAACUUAAGCCCUACCAAGAUGUGGCUAUUUUUGGGCUUUCAUAUUUUCCUUUUUUAUGUGUGUGCAAGGUAGCAUACAAAGUGGAUUCCUGUUUUAGAGAGUGUCUGGGACUGUUAUGGAGUUAGAACAAUGUAAUGUACUAUCAGAGUAAACUCAUUUUCCCAGUGUACACAUUAAUGUGAAGAACACAGCUAUGAGAAAAGCGUACUUUAUGUCACAGUUCAACAAGCAAAAUGAUAUGCUGAGUGAACAACAAGCAAGUUAUUGCACACAAUAGCAACACAACAGGUAUCUAACACUGCGGUUUUACAGACAUGUAGCAAACAAACAAGGCCAUGCAAAGCAAUAAUGCAGUAAUCAGAGCAGAACGUGUUUGACGUACUGAAUUAUUGUGUUUCCUGUUGCCUCAGAAACAGAAAUUUAUUGUUACAUCUGUAAAUGUACACACUGAUAUUUAAUCACUUAUAAUUCACUUCUACCAUGCACAUGCAAAAUAAUAAGCUGCUGCAAAUAACACAGUCUAGUAUAAUUUGUAUUAACACAGCUUCCUGCGUGGUUUCUAGUGCUGUUGCAUUACUAAGACUUGUUUCUGGAUGGUGCCGGGUGCUGUAGUGCAAACUGUAAGUUCAGAAUGACUUUGCAGGAAUCAGAAGACUGACAAGUGAACAUCUGAAGUAUAUCAGGGUACUUGACAUUUGGAGGUAAUGAGCCAAUGUCAGUUUUUGAAUAAGAUCUGGGGAUGCUUGUUCAGUUUGUAGUCUUUGCCAUAGUCAUAUUUACCCAGCUUUAAAAGUCAGAAAUUAAAAUUAUUUAAUAGGCAUGUUACGUUUCAUUGUGAUAUAGUACUUCAGAAGUAGUUGUAAUGUAAAUCUUAUUAUUUUUACAUUGUAGAUUUGAAUCUUUGGUUUAUUUUAAGUGAAAGUGACAUGUCAAGUAUAUGGCUUUCUCUGAUGCUAUAUGUAACUGUUCUUAAGUUAAAAGACAUAACUUUAAGAACAGUUAAAAUAUGGGAUCAUGACCAUCUAACUCCGAAAGUGUCACUUACUCCUUUUAGAACAAAUCGGAGCCGGUGAGUUUACAGGGAUGACAUUUAGGGUCUGUGUCUCUCAUUCUGUACCUACUAACAUUUUGCCUUUUAUAUAGGUAAACUGCACAGAGCAAUGCUAUUUAAGACAAUCAUUUAUUUUUUCACUGUCAUCAUUUUCUGAUAUUCAGUAUGUGUAAAGCCAAAAUAUAUUUUUAUACACUAGUGUAGUCUAUAUCACAUACUGGCUUGGAGCAUGCCUUAGAAUAACAUGCAAUUAUAUUUUAAAUUCACAAUGUGCCAAAUCUGUGACAUGCACUAACAUUUACUGUAGCUAUUCAGACAUGGAGAUAGCAUGAGGAGGAUUAUUACGAAGGACAUGUGUUAUACAGUCAUUACGCCACAAAUAAUACCGACAAAUGAUUUGCAGCUUCAGCUUGACUGAAGGUCUUUCAGUAUAUAACUAGAAGUACUGUCAACUGUCACUUACAAAAUCUUGGUUUUGCUUCUUCAGACAUUGUUUUUAUUUAUUUGCUGUUAACCAGCUUAGUGAGCUAGUCUCUGUGGAACAAUUUCAAUCACCGGUAGGGCUACAAGAAAAAGGGUAACUAUAAUGUGUGUGUGUGUGUGUGUGUGUACAUUUAAUAGUCUAAGAUGUAGUUAAAUAACAAAAUUUAAAUUGUUCAGCUAAAAUACAUACAUUUGCUGGCAUUCACAUGAAAUAUGAAUAAAUAAAACAUAGUAGGAAAACUAACUAGCAAAAUUGUAUUGAUGAUGGGUGUGAGUCAAGUACUGAAUGAGUGUUUUCAUUUUUAGCCUGACAUCUGUGACAUCCAACUCGGUGCAGCUUUCAUGAUGGACCCCAACCCCCUUUAUCCCACCCCCUUUUAUUUUUUAUUCCCUCUUCUCCACCCGCACCUGACCCUUCAUGAAUGACUCCACUGUUUACACUCAGCUGGCCUAUUAAUUCCUCAAUAGCACAAGUAGGGAAUACAAAGGCAUUUCAGGAACUCAAUGACCCAUUUGUUUUUACAGACCUUUGGGUCAUUCUAUUCCCCAGUGGUGACAAUCAGCUGGUAGACAGGAGGUCAGCUGUAAGUCCUGCAAUGCAGCUUUCCUUUCCAUCCACAAGGUUGCUUAUGGGCUCACCAUAAAUACCUGGUCAGGAAAAGGAGGUAUGUAUCCCAAUGUCUCCAUUGUCAUGGGCUUAGUAGUGUCCCACCUCCCAUGUGUCAGCUGCUCAGUCUCAUACUCACCUUAGCUGGUCCUUCAUAUGCCAGGUAGCCCAUGUAAUUGAACAGGGGUCACUUUGUAGUCAAGGCUUUAUAUUUGCAUAUAAUGGGGCAUCGGGUAGGAAUACUACUCCUGUGGACAGUAUCCCUUAUGCUUAUUUUCUGCAAAUUUACCCCUCCAGAUGAGGACUUGGGUCAUUUGCCUGAGCCCCUUAUUACCCUCUGUUAUCAAGAAGUGUAGUUUGAAUUUCUGUGUGUGCUAAACACAGUAUGGGUCAUUUUGGAUAUUUGUUUAUUCUUUGCACUGGAGGUAAUGUCACAGUGUAUUUGAUUCUGUUGUAUAUAGCAGUAGGGGCUACUCAAAUGGAUCAAGGCAUGUGCCCCAAUACUCAGUCGCCCACAGGACAUCCUACUGUAGAGAGGUUUGCUGAAGGAUUUUUUGGGAGGGAAUGCUUGUACUAGUGCUUUCUUUAGGUUGCUGCUUCAUGUGGCGCAUGUGAUAAGUACAACGAGCUAUAGCGUGUAAUAGUAGAUAGGUAGUGGUUCUAAUCUCACAUCUGCCAACUUUGUGAGCAAAAAGUCAUAUGGCACAGUGGUUAAGGUGUUUGCCUCAUAUACCUGAGGUGCAAGGUUUGAUUCUCACCUCUGCUAAGAGUUCAUUUAUUAAAGAGUAUUCUACGCUUGUGUCCUGUCAGUUACUUUAUGAGUACAUUACGUCUCCUGACUGGUAAUACUGUUCUGUUUUACAGCUUACUGUUCUGAAUUCAGUGCACUCUUACUGGAUUGUGUAAAACUAACAGAAAAAAAGCACUUAAAAAACUCACUCAUCCAGAAAGGUUCUACUACUUGUAAUCAAAUCACAAAGGAUCAAACAUAGUAUACUGAAUCUGAAGCUGAUCAAACGUAAGAUUGUCAAAUGAAAGAAUCAGAAAUAAAAGAUCUGAUUCUAGUGUUAAAAUCAGCUACCUAGAGAAGUAGAGAGGCAGCUAUCCAGAGAAGUAGAAAUGCCUCUCAGAGCAGUUCUAGUCUACAAACUACAACCAAUAAAGCACAGAAAGGAAGUAGCAUGUAGGUGAAAAAAAAGGUUACACUCUGCUUACCAGCGCUUCCUUAUCCCAUGGUACAUUAAAAAAGGGUUUAAACAACAUAAUUCUAAACAGUAUGUGUUAAAAGUUAUACUGGAGUACACUAUCACAUAUACAAAAAUAAUUAGACAGCAUUAAGUAAACUAAAUUAAAAACAGCACAGAAUAAAGUGCCAUACACUAGUCAGGGAGUCGAGUUGCCCUGUACCCCCUGAUGUGGGGAUCUGCUCUCUUCAAAUACCCUUAUUAUAUAGUGAACUUUGACAUUGUGUUGCCUCACUGAAAUGGCAGGAAUACAUUCUCUGUCCUUUCAAUGAUGUGCAAUAACCUUAGAAUUACAGUAUUUAAUAUAUUUAAUGAGGAAUUGGAUAGGUGCAGUUUUUAGUCUUUCUUUAACUUUGCAUUUUGCUUAACUUCAGCCUGCUAUACUUCAUAUAGUUUACAUUUAAAUAUACUACAGAACUAUUUCUUUUUGUCCAUGUUCUAGGAAUCUAUACAUUAACAGCAACACAACACAGCAGGAAUUUGUACAUUAACACCAGCAAACUAGGUUAUUCAUUUAUAAUACAAUGUAGCUAAGCAAAUAAGUGUAAAACAAUUUUUAUAUAUCUGAACAACUCAGGUCUGUAUGUCAUAAUUCAUAUACUUAUUUUUGGAAUACUGAAAUCCAGACUUUUGUACUCGGUCAUUUUAUUUCUGGUUAUUUGAGAUUCAGUCAAGUAGUAAAACUCAUGCAAGACUUGUCGACUGCUACUUUUCUGAAAAUGGAAUACACUAAAAAUUCUUAUUAUGAAAAUGAAAAUAUAGAUCACAGUGUAUAUGGAGAACAUGGCUUCCUACACCACUCCCUAGCUAAGUAUUCCAGCUUCUGAGUAACAAUAUAAACAGAGUAUUUAGUUAAAAAGCUCCCCUGCCUAAUACUUAUUCAUAGUUUAUAGCUCCUUAUAUGGGAAAUGUUUAAGUAUUACUUCUUUUAGAAAAGUACUAAAUUAUAAGUCAAGUAAUGGAAGAAGUCAUUUUUUUGCAAAUCUUUUUUUUUUUUUAAUGAAUACAACUCACAUGUUUUGUAUUCCAUUUUACAGCAUAAAAUACAAUCAGUGUAGUAGUUUGUCAUAUUCUCAUUAUGAUUUCUUAAAUUAAUUGCCCUAAUGUGCUUAUCAAAUUCAACAAUAGCUGUCUCCCUUUUUGAUUUAUAUCUGUUGUACUCAGGAUAGUGAGCUAAAUCUGUAAACAUCCUGUUUUUAAUGUAUAGUCUGUUUUUCAUCUUUUUUAUCCUUCAGGUUAUGUUCAGAUUUUAAUUUCACUUGCCAUAUACUGAACUGCUUUCUUGACAUCUUUUGACAAACAUGAUGUCAUGCUGAGCCUAGGAAAAUGACUUCAUUUUAAGCCCCUGUAUAUCUGACAGCAUCUGCAAAUUUAAGUUUCCGGUAUUAACAGCACCUUUUAUUUCUCUUACCAAUUUGUUCUUGUAAAGUACUGUGAAUAGAAUUUAAUUAAAAUAACCAAGUCACUUUUUUAUGUAAAAAUAUCUAGUCAUUUUUUUUCAAGUAGUUGGUGGAAUUAUUGCUGUCUGUGACUUCACAUAGCGGUAUAAUGACCCUCAAUCCAAAGUGCUCUAGCAAUAUUAAUCAGAUAGGAGGCCGGAGAUAUAAACUUCAGAAAUGCAUCUGGUACUUUAAAAGCAUUAUAAGUUAAUCUUUUAUAUUUACAAAAGUAAGACAGAUGCUUUGCAUUCAUAUCCUUUUUCAGAGUUUUGUGGUAUAGUUUGCUUAAAUAAAUGCCUUAAAAUUUGUUAGAGUUAAACUGUUAGUAAUUUUAACUUUAGCCACUAGAGGGCAGUCUUGUUAUAAUAAAUUGCAGUUCUUUUCAGACAAACUUUGUAUCCAUCUUGCACAGAUAUUUGUUAUCUUUUGGGAUCUAACUACCUGUACUACUGUAACAGAUGUAACAUCUGAAUGCCAAAUCAGUAGUUACAAAGAUACACAUGCAUCUAUUGUUGUUACACAGCAAUAAAUGAUUAAAGUGUUUAAGAGGACCUGCCACCACAUAUCGAAUCACAAUAUGCAGAGUGCAUUUAAGUGUGAGCUCAGCUCCCCUUACCACAUACGAUGGGGUCAAAAGACAGCUCCUUAUACACCUAAAAGAGGUUUAACCUUACAUUAUCUGAAACACAACAUUGCUUUUCACAGGAUUCACAAUGAAUAAGUGAAACUCAUUUAAUCGAUUCAGAAUUAUCUGACCGCAAAACUUCUAAAACCUCAGGAGGUCAAUAAACAGAAAAACAUCUGCGACCCUGUACCCAAGCAUGCUAGAAACUCCUUAACCUCCAAACCACCCCAGGAGUGAAUUUGCAACUUCCCAUCCAAAAC